GUACAAGAUCAUCAAGGUCAUCAGCAACUUAUCGUACCAUCUCAGUCUCUUUCAUAUCUCUAUCAUGGCAUCCCAAUCACCCGAGCGAUCUCUCACUACCAUUCAACAAAGUACCAUGAGGAGAGCUGAUUCCACUCGUUCCAAUACCUCAUCCCGGUCCGUUCGCAAUGGAGAUAGUAAGCAGCAGGAAGACCUCAUCAAUGCUCUUGAGGCUGAAGAGGAACGUUUGGUCAACACACUUACCCGAAAACUUGAAAAGCUUCGUGCUGAAAAAGUAGAGCUCGAGAGCGUCUUGGAGGCCGAGUCAGAAAGCCUAGUAUUACGCCUUCAGCGACGACUUUCGUUAUUGAUGCAACAGCAACAGCAAUCAUCACAGUCUACUUCGACCACCGCCGCCAUUGCAGCUCCUGCUACCUCACCUCCUGGAGGACCUAAUAUCAACGCACUCGUCAAUAACCCUGACCCACUUCAUCCUUCCGCCAAUACCCUGAUCGAGCUUUUGAAAACGGAAAACUCAAAUCUACGAAACAGGUUGGUAGACACUGAGCGAGAGUACAUCAAGACCAGUCGACAAAGUGAUAUGUAUAGAAAUGAACUGAUUGCACUGCGUCAGAGAGUCGGGCUACCCAUUGACGAUUUAAUUGGCGCCAUCCCAACAUUCGAAGAAAACUAUCCAGCAGCCCGUCGUAGGUCAAGAGGCGCUAGUGCGAGUGGUAACGGGAUCCCCAUACCUGGAAUGACAAGCUCCGAUGGUCGACGUAGAACUCAUCAUACAGCUUCGAUCUCAUCGAGUAGCAUUCAGCUUCCUAGUAGCUUCUUUACACCUUCCACGCCUAUGACUCCAAGCUCAAUGACCGAUUCUGCAAAUGCGAUAUCAAUUUCGCUUGGAACUACCAAUUUCACCACUCCUUCUACCUCUUAUCCCGGUUUACCUGUUCCACAUUCUACACCUGCUGCAACCCCCGCCGCAUCACCUGCCAAUGGUCGUCAACAAAACGUCUCAGCCGCCUCUGAUAACCAUUUCACUGGGAACUCCAACCAUCCUACGGUUUCACCACCCACAACUGUUGCCUCCAUGUAUACAGCUAGUCGGCUAGGUCCUGGCCUAAGCCUCGCCACUGGUGAAAAUGAAGCCUCCACAACUUCCCCCUAUCCUCAGUCUGUCAAUCAAUCUCCAGUAAGUCCAGUAAGUCUUUGUGAUAGCAAGAGUGGACAAGUUGGACAAGCGAAUUCAGAGACUAGAGGUAUGUCAAGUCAAGGAAAUCGAACGAUGACAGCUAGUACAAGUCAAAGCCCUAGACCAGGUGGACCUGGAAGACCUGAAUCUAGACAACAAUCACCAGCUUAGGUUUUAUGAUAUCAGAUUAGAUAUGGAUCAUUCUUUUGUAUUUUACAAUUCACGAUGAGUCGAAGGUUAAAUGGGUGGAUUUGUUCCGGAAGGUUUACGACAAGGUCAAGUCUCCGGUGCCAAUGUGAUAAGAGAGGCAAGGAUGAUUUUGUUUUCAGGAGAGAUAGUCCAAUAUAUUCAACUCCUUUGCCAAUUAAAACUCUCAUCAUGACUUUUACUUCAAACUUCCACUACUUCAAAAAAACUAUUCAUUGAUCAUCUUUGCAAGUCUGCAGUUCUUUUUGGGUCAAAUUUUACCAUUUUCUUUUGUAUGAUGAUUCUUUUGCUUCCGAUAACUUUUUUCUUUCCAGAUUAUCCUUUUCACAAAAAAAAAUAUGCGGUACAAUGGGUUCUUUUCUGUUUCAUUCAACUUUGUUUUUGUAGUAGGAGUACGAAAGGUGUAUAGAGAAGAUUGGCCAGUUUUUUUUACUUACAUAUAUACUAUAUAUAUCAAUAUGCUUGACUAUAACAAACAAUUUUCGAUUUUGUUUAAUGCUAGAUGAUAAAAUUUUCCAAAAAAAAAGUGUUUUGUAGAUAUCCUUUUUUUAUUUUUUUCAAAGAAUUGACAUUUGUAGAUAUCAUGAAGUGAAGUAAAGGGGUGAAGUGAGGUUUUUGGGUUAUGAUUUUUUUUAUGUUUGAAAUGAAGUGAAUUGUACGU